AUGCUUCCAUGCAGAUGCCGAGUUGUUGAGGAUCCAAAAGCUUGGUUCCGUCUGUGUGAUGCCGAUGGCGAUCGCAAGCUGAGUCGCGAUGAGGUCGUCUCUGCGCUGAAGGCACAACUGCCUUUAGACAACCGGGCGAUAGAUAGAUUCCGGACUGAUGAUGCGGCUUGGCGUUUGUGGGAUGCUGACCAGAGUGGCUUCAUUGAGUAUAUCGAGAUCAUGGAUGACGACCAGGGCAUCCUCAAAUUCGUUCGUGAUUCCUUUGCCAAGGUCGCCUCGGAAGCCCCAAUCCCGGAUUUGCGCAGAGAUCGCGACAGUUGGUACAGGUAUUGGGACGAAGAUGAGAGUGGCGAGCUGGAGUUUGAAGAAGUUGUAAGGGCUUUUGCCAAGACUUUCCAGAUCGACGUGGAAGGAAUCUCGCAGCUACGUGAAAGCUUAAGUGCAGUAUGGAUCGUUUUCGACACGGAUAGCUCCGGGGCGGUGGAUCGCCGAGAAUUCUUGGCUCGGGAUGGCUUGGCGGAUACAGUUCUGGCGACCAUGAACCACCGUUAG